UGCUCUCUCUGGAAAUACAUGCCUUGUCUCAUUUACCGUAUCUGGUUUUCCUCCAGCCAGGGGAUGACAUAGUCUUAAUGGCAGAAGCUCUAGAAAAGCUUUUCCUGCAGAAAAUCUCGGAAAUGACCCAGGAGGAAACGGAAAUCGUUAUAGCCCAGACGAAAGGAAGAGGACGUGCGAGGAAAGAAGCAGUGACAUCCAAACCAGGAUCGUCCACGGUACCGAACGCCACCCAAGCUUCGUCCCCAGCGCAGACGCAGGCGCCGCAGCAAAACCUCCAGUCUGCGCAGACGACUCAUUCCUUUCCUUCCGUCACCCCCGACCUCAUCGUCCAGACCCCAGUAAUGACGAUGGUGCCUCCUCAGCCUCCUGCACCGCCUCCACCUGCUCCCCAGGCCCCCGUGCCGCCGGCCCCGGCUCCCCAGCCCAUCCAGCCUCACCCUCCCGUUAUCCCAACACCCGCCCAGCCCGUGAAGACAAAAAAAGGGGUGAAGAGGAAAGCAGACACAACGACACCAACAACCAUCGACCCAAUUCAUGAAUCGUCAUCUCUGCCCACCGAACCCAAGUCCACCAAGCUGGGUCCGCGCCGGGAAAGCAGCCGCCCGGUGAAGCCUCCAAAGAAGGAUGUUCCAGACUCUCAACAACACAUGGUAGAAAAGAGUAGCAAAAUAUCCGAGCAGUUAAAAUACUGCAGCGGGAUCAUCAAAGAGAUGUUCGCCAAGAAACACGCUGCCUACGCCUGGCCCUUCUACAAACCUGUGGAUGUGGAAGCACUGGGACUGCAUGAUUAUUGCGAUAUCAUUAAACAUCCCAUGGAUCUGAGCACAAUCAAAUCUAAACUGGAGAACCGGGAAUACCGAGAUGCUCAGGAAUUCGCGGCGGAUGUACGAUUGAUGUUCUCCAACUGCUAUAAGUACAACCCCGCUGAUCACGAGGUGGUGGCCAUGGCACGGAAGCUGCAGGACGUGUUCGAGAUGCGCUUCGCCAAGAUGCCGGAUGAACCAGAAGAACCUGUGAUUCCAGCUUCUUCUCCCGUGGUGGUGCCGCCUCCCACCAAGGUGGCUCCCCCUUCAUCUAGCGACAGCAGCAGCGACAGCUCCUCUGACAGCGACAGCUCGUCGGAUGACUCUGAGGAAGAGCGAGCUCAGCGAUUAGCGGAGCUCCAGGAGCAGCUUAAAGCAGUGCAUGAACAGCUUGCAGCCCUGUCCCAGCCACAGCAGAACAAACCAAAGAAAAAGGAGAAAGACAAGAAGGAGAAGAAGAAGGAGAAGCACAAAAAGAAGGAAGAGCUGGAAGACACCAAGAAGAGCAAAGCCAAGGAGCCGCCACCCAAGAAGGCCAAGAAAAGCAACAGCAACAGCAGUACCUCCAGUAGUAAGAAGGAGCCUGUGACGGUGAAGAACAGCAAGCCCCCUCCAGCCUACGAGUCUGAGGAGGAGGAGAAGUGUAAACCCAUGUCCUAUGAGGAGAAGAGGCAGCUGAGCCUGGACAUUAAUAAACUCCCCGGUGAGAAACUGGGCCGAGUUGUCCAUAUCAUCCAGUCGAGAGAACCUUCGCUCAAAAACUCCAAUCCCGAUGAGAUCGAGAUUGACUUUGAGACGUUAAAACCAUCCACCUUACGGGAGCUGGAGAGAUACGUAACGUCGUGUUUGCGGAAGAAGAGGAAACCUCAAGCGGAGAAAGUGGAUGUAAUUGCUGGUUCCUCUAAAAUGAAGGGGUUCUCCUCCUCAGAGUCUGAGAGCACCAGCGAGUCCAGCUCCUCCGACAGCGAAGAUUCAGAAACAGGUUAGACGCAGCUUAUUUAACGACUCAGUCCUAGAC